AUGCCCGGCGAGCCAGCAAAACGCCAAAAGCGCGAAGAAUACAAGAAGACGCUGAUAGAGAACGAUGCAGCGUUGCCAAAGAAGAAAUUCUACCGGCAGCGCGCCCAUGCCAACCCGUUUUCGGACCACUCCCUCACAUAUCCCAAAAGUCCUGCAGAUAUGGACUGGGCAAGUUUGUACCCCACUUAUGCGGUCGAGGGCAAAGACGAGUCACAUGACUCAAACGAGGAAGAGAAGAGCAUGACUACUAAAGCACUUACAAAGAACGUCGAGAUCGCCGACAUUGGCUGCGGAUUUGGAGGCUUAUUGUUCGCGCUGGCACCAAAAUUCCCAGAUACACUGAUGCUUGGCCUAGAGAUCAGAACAUCAGUCACAGAGUAUGUGCAAGAGAAAGUGCGCGCCCUGCGCGUCCAGAAUGCCGCGACCGGCGCCUACCAAAAUGCGUCCUGCAUCCGCGCAAACACGAUGAAGUUCCUCCCCAACUUCUUCCAGAAGGCGCAACUCUCCAAAAUCUUCCUCUGUUUCCCUGAUCCGCACUUCAAGCAGCGAAAGCACAAGGCUCGCAUCGUCUCUUACACGCUGAACUCGGAGUAUGCGUAUGUGCUAAAGCCAGGGGCAAUUGUGUACACGAUUACUGAUGUGCAGGAUCUGCAUGAGUGGAUGAAGGGCCAUUUCGAAAAGCACCCGAGCUUUGAGAGGGUGGAGAGGGUUUUUGAGGAAGGGGAGGGAGAGACUGGGGAGGGUAUGGAUGAGUGUGUUAGGCUUAUGAGAAGUGAGACUGAGGAGGGGAAGAAAGUCACAAGGAAUAAUGGCAUGAAGUACGUGGCCUGCUUCAGGAGAGUCGAGGACCCGGCUUGGCCUUGA